CCAGAAUUGGAAUUUAAGAUUUAAUAAUUAUUAUUACUUAAUUACAAUAAAAUAAACAUUUUAGUUAGUUUAUAAAUAUCUUAAAAAACAGAAAAUACAUAUCAUCAUAUAAUAAAUAGAUAAAGAUAGCAAAAAGACCAAUGAGUGACGAGUCAUCAUAACAAUUGUAGUUAUAAAAUGCUAAAUAGGAGCAAUCUAAGAAGAUCUAAAAUAAAGAUAUUUUCUUGAAGAUAUCUGAGUUUUUAAACAUUAGUGAGCUAUGCAAACUAAUGCGCGCAAACAAACAAAUUUUGUCUAAUUGCUAAGAAUAUUUCCGUUAAAAGUUAUAUAAAAUGAGGUACAUCACAGAAUAGUAAUUCUAAGAUGUUUAAAACACUGACUACGGAAAAAUUUAUAGGCAAAUUUACAACCGUGAUGUUCUUUUUACUAACAUCUCUCAAUUCCCUAUUGAUAAGCAAAGUGUUGAUGAUUUAAAAGUUUAUAGAAGUCGUUCUUAAAAAAAGCUUUUCAACAUUGGAAUUAAAAAGUUUUCUAUUGGAACCAAAUUCACUGCAUUCUAAACCCACGAAAAUGCUCUCUAUUUCUGUAAAACUACAGAGUAUUUUGCAAGUGAUGAAGAUUUUGAGUAUAUUAGGAGAACAAACGUCACAAAAUUCUCUACUUCUCCUCGUAAUUUCAUUUACUUAACUGGCGCAGGAGCCGUCUAUAUAGUCUUUCAUGAAGAAGAAAAACCAUGCAGUUAGCUGAGAGAAAUUGUACUUGAAUGGACACUCGAAAUACCUGUCAAUCACUUUAAGGCUUCAUAUGGAAUGGCUGCAUUUUUGAUUAAAGAAACUGAAGCUUAACGUCCUGUAUUCUCUGCCUAAUUAAAUAGAAUAGUCUCAGGAUAAGAAAUUGGUUCUAAAAAUAAUUCUUAGUAAAUGGGAGUAGAUGACACAAAAUUGAAUAUAGUAGUUUAUCAUAUCAAUGAUUUAAUCCCAGAGGAUGUCAAUAAUCCAAUUUCAAAUAAUUAGCGUAUGAAGAGAGUAUCUGAAUAUUAAUUUAAUGAUUCUCUUAGUUUUGCUGUUGGGUAUCAUCAGCUCUUGCUAGUUGGUUUAGAUAAUAGAUUAUACCAUGUCGAUUUAUCUAAUUAUGUCAAUAUUGGAGGUGUUUAACCAAAUGUUUUACCUGCCAAGUUACAUGAAGGCUUAUCUAAGAAGUACAUAACUAAGGUUUUUAGCGGCUUUGCAAGUUUCUUUGCUUAUGAGAGAGAACAAAUUCCACCUAUGGAUCAGUGGAAUACAGAAUAAGUUAUUCAGUUCCUGAAUUCAUUUGAGGAAUUCUAAGAUUAUAUUAAUAUAGUUAAAUAUGAAGGCAUUAAGGGAUCAGAUCUAAGUAAUAUGAAUAAAAAGUUUAUGAAAGAUCGUCUUGGAUUGGUUAGAGAUGAUUUACAACUUAAGAUUUAAACAGAGAUUAUUAAAUACAAAGAAACUACCUAUAAACCUGAAAAGCUCUAUGGAUGGGGAAAAAACGACUCAGGUUAAUUGGGAUAAGCUAAAUGCAGUAAUAUUAGUAUUCCUAAAGAAAUAGAAAUACCUUCACUUUCAGUAAAUGAUGAGAUAGAUGUUAUAAAAGUUGGAUGGAGGAAUUCAUUAAUGAUUACCAAAGAAAAAAGGAUAUUUAUUACUGAAAACAGAGAAAGAAAGGUAGAGAAAAAGUUACCAGAGAAGCACGAAGCAGACGUUGAUUCAGAAGAAGAAAAGAAAGAAAACAAAAAUAAUAAGAAAUAAAAGAAAAAUAAAAAAGAGUCAGAGGAUUUAACAAGUAAAGACAAAGGAUAAAAAGCAAACAAUUCUAAAGGUAAUCAGAAAUAAGGAAACAGCAACUCUUAAACAAGUAAGACUUCUUCCUAAGCUAAUUAAUAGUAAGAAACGACUACAAGAUGGAUUGAGAUAACAGACAAAUUCACUGAGCUCAAGGAUAAGAGAAAAUAUAAAAUCAUCGAAGUUAGCUGUGCUAAAGAUACUGUCUGUGUUUUAGGAAAUUGCUAUGAUAAUAAAAAGUUGGCAUAAUUGUAGCGCGGAGGAGUUGAAUAGGAGAUAGGGGAAGAUGAUGAAGAAGAAUAUAAAAAAAAGCUCACUCCAAUUCUCUCUAUUAUAAACAGAAUCAAAUGGGAUCCUGCUUUAGAUAAAUCAGAUUUCAGCAUUGUGUAUUAAGAUAGAUUUUUGAAAGAUCUGGAAAUGGAUUUUGAUACUUUUGAUAUAUCUGAUGUAAAAUCAUACAGAGUAACUUAAAUUAAAAAAAAUGGUAAAGUUGUAUGGGAUAGAGAAAAAAAAUUCGAAGAUGUUUCUUGAAAUUAUCAAAAAAAGGAGUAAAUGCUUUCAAAAGUACAUAUGUAUAUAGAUAGUUUAAUAAUUAUUUAAAAAAUUUUUAAAACAAUUUGUAUAGCUAUUUGCAGUAUAUUUUAUCUAUAUCAAGCAAAUUACUUGUAAAAUUAAAAUAAAAGAUUAAUUAAUUAAUUUGUAAUUUUUAUAUUAUUUACUUACUGUAAUACCUCUAAUUAUUACCACUAAUUUGGUAAGUUUUUUUAAAUAUUUUGUUUUUUAAAAAAAAUAGGUGAUAAUUAAAA